UUCAUUCAUAUUAACUUUGUGAGACUCGAAAUUUUUACGAACGAAUUGCAUAAAUUAUAUCACUUGUACAAUCGGUUACAUAAUAGGAUUAUAUCGUAAGAUUACGACUUGAAAGCUUAAAAUACAGGUAAUAAAAUUGUACUAAAAAAAGGAUUUUAGAGAAUCGAAAAAAGUUCGCUAUAUGCAAUCAGGAAAUGAAUCAGAAUAAUUGUGCAACGUGAUGCGGCCGACAGUUCGAAGGAUUAAAUCCGAAGGAAGCCGUUUGAAACGGAUCUAAAAGGAUCACGCGGAACGUUCCUUCGACGUCCUCACGGGCCUGGUCUUAACGAGCUUCUUCUCUUGCGUUGCGCACGAACGUGUAUUACGGAAGGGAAGGAAAGAGAGAGAGAGAGAGAGAGAGAGAGAGACACUCGAUCCCGCUGUCGUGAUAAAUCCAGUCGUCGCGUAAUCCUCUUCAUGUCCGAGUCCUGAUUGCCAGCUAGUGCUGCCAUAUGUCGUAGCGUCGACGACAUCUCAAUCAACCCACCCAUCUGUCAACCCCUGUUUAGUUGCCUCAACGAUCGUGGCUGGUGUCCGAUAUAACGACGUACUGUGCAAUCGCAUCUCGAGCAAUCGCCACGAGGGUGCCCGCUUCGCGAACAAUAUUAUUUUAGCUCCCGAUGUGCCAGAAUCACGUCCUGGCAGGGCGACGUUUACUUUGGUUCCUGCCUCGCUACUAUUCUCUCCCCUCGACAAAUAAACCUAAACCGCAGUCGUUAUGCAUGAUGCAUCGUUCGCAGGAUCCAUUCGGAGUUUAUUCCACGCCGCGAUGUGCUUUGUUCGGGAAUACUUGCCACUUCUGAAUGUAACCACAGUAAGAAUGGACUCCUGAUCAUAAUGGAUGACUCGCGGUUUGAUGAUAAAUAACGUUUACGGAACGUGCAUGUAUUGCCUAAAAAAUGUAUACUAGCAGCACAUACCUUAUGCUUUUGCCAUAUCUUAUGCGUGCACAUCAUAAAAUAAAAAACCGUUGCAGAAAUAUAUUUAGGAUUUUUCCCAUGGGAUAUUAAAUUUCUUUUGUGGUGAUUAAAAAUAGUCUCGUAAACAACAUAAAUGUUAACGUACUUGCUGAUGAAGCAUUCACGCGUUAUCCCAUUUUUUUCUCACGCAACCUUAUAAAUCCGUCGAUGUAUUACAAUCGGCGAAUCAGAUUUCAAAGUAAAGAAAUACGACUGCUGAACGACUUUUCUCUAAUCCUUCCGGAGAUCGUAAAGCAGCAUUAGAAUUUCGUGAGACUCAUUUCGAAUAGUGCAGCCUACCUACGGUUUGCUUCAAUUUCCCUCUCUCUCUCUCUCUCUUUCUCUCUCCAUCUUGCCUAUCUUUGCUCCUCUUCAGCGUUAUUCCGGAGUGAAUUAUAACUGAUGUCGCGUAAAGUUACGCCUUCCUGGAUUUAACCUAUGGCCCGAGGAGAAGAGCUCGGGGAGUAAGAGAAAGCAGAUGGAGGAGACAGCAGGGAGCAGGCUAAAAGACAGAGGACUCGACGUUGACCGAGGAGGUAGGGAAGGUAGCAGGAGAGAGAGUGUACAAACGACGCUCAGGACUUGUCCAGGACUUAUGGGUUAUUCAGGAGACCCCUGUCGGCACAGAGGGAGGGAGGCCGUUCGAUAUAUGCUAAGCAGCCAGCCUCCUGCAUUAUAUAUAUGCACUCGGCUUGCACGUGGAUGAGGGAGUCGCGAUAUGUGGCCACGAAUGCGUGUACGCCAGGACUGGAAGGAGAAUUAUUUUAUGUCAGGGAGGGCGUCGUAAACGAGUACGCUAUGAAGUUCGUUGUUCCUGUACCAGCGCUGAUUCACAAGCUCCAUUUCACGUGGGAAAACAUCGCUGGUAGACCGCUGCCGUACACGAUGUCUGUGGAUAUCAGCAAUCCUUCGGUGCUGAGCAGUACCCUGAAUAUAUCCCAAUUCGGUGAGAUACCCGUCGGUGGUUUGCAAACAUGGGCCUUAUCAUUACAUUGCGGGCCCUACAAUGUAGAAGUCGAUCUUUCUCUUCGAAUAAACGUCUCGUUAUCGAGGAAGAACACUACCAGCUUGGAGUUCAAGCGGAAAAAAAUCUGUAUGAAGAAAGAAAGCUACACCGAGCCCGAGGAGGUCUUAGUCGCUGCUUCUGACUCCACUUCCGGUGGUCAGAUUUUUUACGUAGCGAUUGGUUGCGCGUGUGCGUUCAUGGCCGCUGUUUUCGUCCUGAUUAUGGCUUACUAUGUGCGCGAUAAGAAGGCCAGGAGACAUCGAGAUCCUCUUCAAUUUAUGAAUUCCAGGGAAUCCAGAGGACUCAGCUCAGCCUGCAGUAUGGAAAGAGGCACUGGAGUGGGACCGGCGCAAACAUUUUUGUCACCGGAAACACCUCCACCCACCUCCGCUGCGUCAGCAUCGUCUUAUAGAAGAUUGGAUGAGCGUCCCAAUAGAGAACUUCACGAAAGAAUUCAGGAAAUCACCGUGCAAAGAUGCAGGGUGCGUCUCCUUAGUAUUGAAUUGGAAGGAACAUUUGGGCGCGUGUAUAGGGGCAGUUACCAUGAAGAAGGUGCUUUAUCUCCGAAGGACGUAUUGGUGAAAACUGCUGCCGAGCACGCAUCCCAAUCACAAGUGGCCCUUCUUCUACGAGAAGGUUUAGCUCUGUAUGGACUCAGUCAUCCGGCAUUACUUCCGGUCCUCGGUGUUUCCAUUGAGGACAGAAGCGCGCCUUUUCUACUGUAUCCACAUACGGGCUACAAAAAUAUGAAGAGAUUUUUAUUGAGAUGCAAGUUCAGUAACGAAGGACCUCCGAGGGCUCUCACUACGCAGGAAGUUGUCGAAAUGGCACUUCAAGCCGCCAAAGGUGUACAAUAUCUUCACAGAAAGAGGCUCGUUCAUAGAGACUUAGCUGCCAGAAAUUGUGUGGUGGACGAUGAUUUGAGAGUGCAAAUUACAGAUAACGCCUUGGCGAGAGAUCUGUUUCCACAGGAUUAUCACUGCCUCGGCGAUAACGAAAAUCGCCCUAUCAAAUGGCUAGCGAUAGAAAGUUUACUCAAUAAAACUUUCAGCACAGCCUCUGAUGUGUGGGCGUUCGGUGUUUUAUUGUGGGAGCUAACGACGUUGGCGCAACAACCCUACGGAGAAGUGGAUCCAUUUGAGAUGGCAUCUUAUCUCCGAGAGGGAUACAGGUUGGCGCAACCGAUAAACUGUCCGGACGAGCUGUUCGCAGUGAUGGCGUAUUGUUGGGCGAUGUCGGCGGAGGAGAGGCCAACAUUUAGUCAAUUGAUUAUUUGUCUACAAGAUUUUCACACUCAGUUAACGCGAUAUGUUUAAUUGAGCGUGUUCACUGGCUGUAAAGUAGGACUGAACUUUGCUAUUAAGACGACUCCAUUUCUAAACAUAUCGAAAUUUUUAUUGGUCUUCUGCUUGAGAUUUUAAUAUAAGAAAGCGUGUUCUAUAUUAUUCUAGUACUUAUUCUAGGUCCUAGUAUAAUAUAAGCGUUUUUAUAGCAGUCAUUUCUAAAUGUAAUAGAUUCUAAUGUAAUAUAAGCAUCACUUUUCUCUUCAAAACUGUGCAAUUAAGGAAAUUACUUAAGGAGUAACUGUCGGUCAAAAUUUAGAAUAGAAUCUUACUGUUGUGAUGAUUUUCAUACAUAAUAAAAAAUAUUCUAAAAUUUUAGCUACACGUAUAUAUGUACAUUUUUAAAUAUAUAUGUAUAUUUUAUGUACAUAUAUAUGUAAAUUGCAUAUACAUCGUGUAUGUAAAAAAAUAUAUGUAUAUAUAGUUCUAUAUUAUGCAAAUAUAGAAUAUAUAUGUAUAUAUUUCUAAAAUAGCGGUAUGUUUUCAAGACAUUCUGUACAGUUAACGAGCAUAGGAUGUAGAAAUCGCGUGAAUUAUUCAUAUAUUAUAAAAGUCAAGACUGAAUUCCCAUUGUUGCGCCACGUGUUGGCGCACGCUCGACCUGUGUCGCCCAUGAUUACCAAAAUCGGCGAAAGUACGUCAAACGUGCACUGCCAGCCCCAUUUUCGGAAACCUGUACUGCCGGUGACGAAACGGCGAAUCUGAGUCAUGUGAUACGCGCUUUGCUUGCCUACGUGAGUGUGUUUCGAGUGUGCCAAUAUCUUCUCUCUUUUAAUUUUCUUUUGUAUUUUUGUACAUAAUAUAUUUUUACGCUGUGUGCAUACGCGGUUACGUCGAUGAGUAUACGAGUCGCGCCUAGACGAAAGAAUCCUGUGUACAUAAUUAACAUGUAGCGCGCGAGACUAUAAUUGUACAUACUGCAGGCGUUGCGAGCCUAAUAAAUUUCUAUCUAUACGAUACAGAA